GGGCGCCGCACUCACACUCUCGGUCCUUCUUUUCAACGUUCAUCAUAGUCUCUGGACGCUUGUGCUCUUGUCUUUGUGUGCUCUUAUAUCUAGCGUUUGACUUUGCAUCACUGAGAGGGAAGGAUCGUGGCAAUGGGCAACUGUGUCACGGAUUGGGUCUUUAGGCGCCAGCGGUUCUGCUGCUGCCUACCUGCACGACUUGGUGCAGCUCUCUUGGCUCUGCUCACCCUUCUCCUCUCUGGACUUCUCAUGGUCAUACUAUGGUUUGAAGUAGCUACAAAUUACUUCAUGUCUGGGAAGGAGAAGGCGGCGUUCAUUGUGGCGGGGCUCCUUGAGACCUUCUUGUUCUUAGCGUCGGUGCUAGGAUUCAUCGGCACUCUCGCACGGAAGCAAUCCUUUGUCGUAAUCUUCGUCUCUUUCCUUUACGUGCAUUUCCUUAUCAAUCUUGGCGUUGCGAUAUACUUCUUGUGGAUGGUUACGCACGCCGCAAAUCAAGAUAUCGUAAAGCUGUGUCAGGAAGGCAUACGCAAUCAACAGACGCAAGAUCAAUGCAAGGGCUUGCUGAAUAUCACGAAGGGCGUAUAUUGGGGCAUUUCGCUUCUAGUAUUGGCUGUCGAAGCUUAUUGUACAAUUGUUGUUACUCGUUACGCUAACCAGGUUCGGUACGAGAAGCGUGAAGGCCGGGAAUCACGCAUAAAACAGAGACAAAGUGCAUACGAUGCUUUCCAUGCUCGGUUCUCGUCCGUUGAUGGUGUUUCGCCAAUGCACAACAAGCACUAUUCGGCACUCAGUCGUGCGAGCUCAGACCUCGAGAACGAUAAAGAAGGUCUACUUAAUGCACCGCAGGUGACGCCGUUUGACCCAUACGCAGCAUACGAUGCACACCCGCGGGCACACUCGCCAUCUACUACGGUGACGCAUGAACAAACGGAGAGUAGUGUGGAUGAACAUUCGGUGGCACGUCACAGACAGCAGGCAGAGAGGCAGCUUACGAGUCUGAGUGAGAAUGCGGAGGAGGAAUCCCAGCAACAGGAGAGAAGACCGAGCCGGUCUGUUUCACCAUUGCCACCGGGUGCUGCCCCUGCUGUGGCUCCUGCAAUUCCACACUCCCCACCUCCCUCAUAUGAAUAAUUGAUGGAACGAUGAUUGACCAUCAUCCUGACCCGAGGACGUUUGGCCGGCUGAGGGUUUAUUUAUCAAUCGAUGGACCUUUUUCUAUUUUAGCACUUGUACUUGGUCAUACCUUUAUUGGUUUGUUGACUCGCUGUUGUUCUCUCUUGGACUUUGACUUUCUUAAUUUCUUGACGAUCGAUACGAUACCAUUUGUAUCUAGUAUUCCUCGACCUCGAUGAAUUAUGAAUGAUG